UUUCAUGACUGGUCAACAAGCUUUUCCGCCAGGUUUCUCAGCUACAGUACAUCUAAAUUGGAAGGUGAACGGAGAAGAUAAGUGGAUCAUGCUGGGAUGCCUCAAAAAUGAGAAACCCUCGGCUAUAUAUCGUUUAAAGGGGCUAACACAGCAAAGCGGUGGCGCAGCAAUGCCAAACACUGCCGCAAUUGGGAUCAGUAUUGAAUCAAAUGCAGACGUAGACGCACAAAUGGCAAAUAAGAAUCGAACAGGAUCUUCAGCCGCUGCAGAUAUGGACGGAAUGCAAACUGAAACCUCCGAUUCAGCCGGAGGAGGUGGUGCCUUGGUCAAAUUCGGACAGAUUGAUGAAGCUACACAGACUCAAUUAGCACUCGCUAUGGCACCAAAGAUUGCGUCAAAUAUUUUUUCUUACCUUUCCUCUUUUGCACCGGAUAGUGCACCACAAACUGUUCCUCUUUUGAAAAGAUGGCUAGAACAAUUUGAGAGAAAGUUGAGAGCACAGGGUAUCGGCUUCUUGGCCCGAGCCGAGGCCGAGUAAGAGCGAUGCAAAUCAAACACAACAUCUGUAUUAUAUCGUCAAUAUGAAAGUAUACACUACUCAUUUGCGAGUCACAGUCCAGCGAAG